GAAGAUGAUGAGGAGCACCAGCCAAGGUUCCGGAAGCUGCAACAGAUCUCAUUCACAUGGAAGUUUGGAAAGGAAUCCAAAUCGAGCUAGAUCUGGAAAGGUUCCACACUGGUGUGGUUGUGGAAUGCGUCCUGUUCUUCGUUGGUCUGGAACAGAAGCAAAUCCAGAAAGACCAUUUUUUGGAUGUCCAAAUUAUAAUACAUCUGGAAAUAGAUGGUGUGGACUUUUUGUGUGGACAAAUGGCGUGGAAGAAGAAGACAUGAUUGGCAGACAUGAAACUGAAAAUAGCAUUGAGUAUUGGAAGAUGAACGUGGGUUGGAAGAUUAGUGCAAUAGAAGCUGAAAUUAGGAAUUUAAAAAUAUGGAAUAGUAUUUUGAGUUUUUUUCUUGUUUUGUUUGUAGUUGUAGCCAUUGGCUAUGCCUUGGGUGUAAGAAAGUGA